AUGUUAUUCACAGUAGCAGCAGCAACACUCCUUCCCGGCCUGGCCCUCGCCCACUCGCACAUCCCAUACAUCAUCAUCAACGGCGAGCAGUUCCCAGGCCACGUCCCCAAGACCACCAACAACCCACCCAACAUCGUCGGCUGGACGGCCAACAACACCGACGACGGGCCUGUCAACGCGACUCUCUACUCGGACCCCGACAUCAUCUGCCACCGGGCCGCCACCCCCGCCACCGCCCACGCCCCCGUCCGCGCCGGCGACUCGAUCCACAUCCAGUGGAACGGCUGGCCGGCCAGCCACGUCGGGCCGGCGCUGACGUACCUCGCGCGAUGCGAGGGCGAAGGCGGCUGCGCGGGCGUCGACAAGCAGGCGCUGAGCUUCUUCAAGAUCGACGACAGCGCGCCCGCGCUGCUGGACCAGAGCAGCGGCCCGCCGGGCAGGUGGGCCAGCGACGUGGUCAUCGCCAACAACAACAGCUGGACCGUGACGGUGCCCAAGGGGACGGCGCCCGGUGCCUACGUGAUGCGGCACGAGCUCAUCGCGCUGCACUUUGCGGCCCGGAAGGGCGGGGCGCAAAACUACCCGCUCUGCUUGAACUUGUGGGUGCUGGGGCAGGAGGAUGGCGCCGAGGGCGCUUCCUGGAGGGCGGGGGCUCUGGGGUACGGCCAGGGCGUGCCUGCCACCGACAUGUAUCGGAGUGACGACCCGGGGGUGGACAUCGACGUCGCGGUGCCGAGGAAGACGUAUACCAUCCCCGGGCCGACGGUCGUUGGCGGUGCGGCUCCCAUCCGGCCGGCAGAUCAGACCAAGAGCAUUGCGACUGCCUACGGGACGCCUGUGGCGAUUGUGAGUGGCACCGCGACGGUGCCCAUGCCGAUGGGAGUGACAUUUGUGCCGGGGCCGAGAUGGUGA